AUGGUCCAGGAGGAAAAGAAGGGCAAGGCCUCGCUGGCCGACGCGCUGCCCCUGCACAUCGCGCCCCGCUGGUUCAGCGCGCACAGCGGUUUCAAGUGCCCCAUUUGCUCCAAAUCCGUGGCUUCUGAUGAGAUGGAAAUGCACUUUAUCAUGUGUCUGAGUAAACCUCGCCUCUCCUACAAUGAUGAUGUGCUGACCAAGGACGCCGGCGAGUGCGUGAUCUGUUUGGAGGAGCUGCUGCAGGGGGACACGAUAGCCAGGCUGCCCUGCCUCUGCAUUUACCACAAAAGCUACAGCAUGGUCUGUAUAGAUUCCUGGUUUGAAGUGAACAGAUCCUGCCCAGAGCAUCCUUCUGAUUGACCCCCUGGGCGUGCUUGCUGGCUUCUCUCUAAGGGCACCUUGCUAUACCUGCUGUACCUCCUCUCCCUGUCCCACCCACCCUGUCUGGAGUUUUGGGUUGACUUCAAAUUCCUCAAAAAGAAGAAGAAAAACGAAAAAACAGAAACUUG